UCUACAUCUCUCUCUCUCUCUCUCUCUCCACAGUCGCGCAUUCCCACGAGCGUAAACGCUUUCAGAAGACCUGGAUGGAGCUGCUGCUCGAUUCGAAUCAUUGGAUUAAAAAACAAAACAAAAACAAAAAAACACCAUUACCUCGCUUGAACCCGGACUUCUUAAAACGGAAAUUCUCCAUCUGACCCAUUUUAUAGUACUUUGCUUUUUGUUUGGACGCGCGGUCAAGUUUUGGACCCGAACGCUCCACAAAACGACUUUCACGCAUCAGGCAACCACAGAGGGCGUCACAUUGACCGCUUUUCUGUAGUUUCUUCAUCUUCUUCUUCUUUUGCAUUGUAAUACCUCUGUUGCAAUGCAAGCUUUCACGCGUCUAAAUAAUCCGAACGAGGAGGAGGAAAAUGAUUUCUCUUAAUUAGCGUGUUUCUCAUCAUCCUCUGCGCGCGUACUGUGCUCUCCACCAGGCGUAAAGGGGGAGAAAAAAGUGUUCCGCGCACAAAUCGACGCUUCUUAUCGCUCAAGUCCUAAUUUGAGGCAAGGAAACUGCCGACAUGAUGCCUCUCGGUCUGCCUUAAAGGAGCUGGGAUGCUGGUGAGGGCUGCUGCUGUUUCCAAGUGGCUGCAUGGGAGCGAGCUGUCAUCUUAGUUCUCCCCGGCGUGGCAUCAUCUCGCUGGAAGUAGUAGGCUUCAGUGUGGAAGAUGGCUUUUGACUUUCCCCCAGGAUACAAAGCGUAAUUUACACCGUGACAGUGGAGACUCGUCUUUCAGUAAGGUAAAGGAUGACUGCAGCAGCAGGUGUACUGACAGGCUUGGCCAAGCUCAAGCGCCAGGACUCGGCCCGCUCUCAGCAUCGGCCCGUGCCACCCGCAUCGCAAGGCUUGGCUAACCCCGGCUCCGAGGGCGCGCCCAGAAAGCGGAAGCGACGCACAGACGUUGUGGUGGUCCGAGGAAGGCUUCGACUCUACUCGGCUUCUGGCUUUUUUCUCUUCCUGGGACUUAUCAUCUUGGCAGUAGGGAUUGGUAUGGCGACCCUCGGUUAUUGGCCGCACAACAAAGCCGUACCAACAGGAGGAGGAAACGAAGUGAAGAUGGGGAAAGGUGUGACCAACGCAAGCCAUGAUGUUCAAGACUCGCCUUCAAAGCAGACGGGCGGCGCUGUGAUGCGGUUUCUGGAACAACAUCUUCACUCCGAGAGGAUGAAGAUGCUCGGGCCCUUCACCAUGGGCAUAGGGAUUUUUAUCUUCAUCUGCGCUAAUGCAAUACUUCAUGAAAAUAGAGACAGGGAGACGAAGAUAAUCCACAUGAGGGACAUGUACUCCACGGUCAUCGACAUCCACCGCCUCCGGCAGAGGGAACAGAGACAGUACCACCACCACCACCACCGCAGCAGCAGCAGCAGCGUGUGCGUACGAGACGUGGGUGACCUUCGCAGUUUUGGAGCCGACACGGCAGCGCGCCUGGCCAGCAACUCCCUCCUGGGCUUCUCGUCUCGUUCUGGAAGCAGAGUUGGGUCCACGGAGGAGGAGGAGGUGCUGCUUGGGGAUGAAGAGUUCCACAGACACAGAGAGCAGGCCAGGUUGGAUUGUAGCUUUGCGGGACUGCUGGCGCCUUUGUACAAGGAUGGGCCCUUUUAUGGCGCCGGGCUUGGGUUGUCGCAGUCCGACUCAAUGCGACACCAGUGGUCGGUGGACGGAGAUGGGGAGAAAGGAGGACACCAUGCAGGGUCUAUUGUCUCCUCCUCCAUCUCCGCCUUUACUCUCCCUGUUAUUAAGCUAAACAACUGCGUAAUUGAUGAACCAGAAAUGGAGGCAAUUACCGAGGAGGACAGAGGAGGCGAGAGGCGGGAGGGAGAGAGGCCAGCGCCUCUGAGCUCCAUGGAGUCUCUGGUGGUGCCAGUAGCAUCUGUCGCCAAGGCCUCCAAGCCGCCGGGCUUGCAACGCAGCAACUCGGCGUCCUCUUCCUCCCGCUGCUCUUCCUUCUCCUCGUGCAGCCUCUCCCCGGCUCCCUCCUCUACCUCAGGCUGCUGGCUCUCGCCGGGAGCGGCGAGGAGUGACUUUGGCUCCAACUCCUCUCUGCACAUGCUGAACAGCCACAGCCACUCCAAAUCCCUGGACCUGGAGCGCGGGCCCAGCGUGCUGAGCGUGCGCUCGGAACAGCGGAAGCACCCCAGCUGGCCGCGGCUCGACCGCAGCAACAGCAGCCGCAGUCACAGCGGGAACAGGGGCAGCAGCAAGGGAUACACGCGCCUGGAGGACAGGGAAGAGCAAGCGGAGCGGCUCUUGGACGAGUCGGCGUCCCCGACAGACAGACGCGACUACAGCAAGCGAGAGAAGCUGCUCAUGAUAUCCAGGUCGCAUAAUAAUCUGAGCUUCGAGAAGGAUGAGUUUAAUAGCAGCACGUUGAAGAGAGGAAGCUCGGAAACUCGAUUCUGAAGGCGCGCGAAGGAAGCGGCAACACCGACUCUCUCCUGGUCUGUAAAAUUGUUCUUCACCCUGUCUUAGUUGAUGACGACGAGACCAAGUUGUGCUUUUAAGACAAGUUUUUUUUUUCUUUUAACAAGGAGCAAUAGCACCAGUAAGUAACAUUAGAACCUGCACAGCAAAAAGGUUUUGCACUGUCUGACUCCACAUGCCUGCUUUACGACAGUAGAGGUGCUGUUUUACAGCUGACUCUUGCAUGUGGAAGGCGGCGCUCCCUGCGGAGGUCAAUGCAACCACUUCAAAUUACAUGAAUAUGCUCUGGUGUUUAACAAACUGGACCAGGCAUCAGACAGCGAUGUUAAAUGAAGACAGUGGCCUGCAAAUAAAUACGACAAAGAGGCCCUCAUUGCCCUGUGGCCAUGUAAUAUUGACCUUUCCCAGGAACUUCAGUACAAAGAUGGCUGCAAAUUUGGUAUCUGUGGCUGCGGCUCUGCUGCGGGCAUUUUUCAGCUAACUGCUAGGUUAGAUUUUACUCAGGAUUAGUCAUCUCUACAUAUGGCCACAAACCCACUUAGAGUGCGGAAAAUCUCUUGUUUUAUUAGUAACGAUUGUGUCACUGAUUGAGGAAUAUUUUCAGAAACAUUUUGGAAUAACUCCUGAACGAAAUGAACAUCUCUCAAACCAGAUCUUUUCUUACUUACUGUUUAGUUCCUAAAACCAAAUGUGCAGAUAAUUUGGCUAUGGUUUAAUAAUCAUAUCUGAACCCAAUCUCGUCUACGAAGAAUACAAAAAUUGAAAGGCACAUUUCUGCUUCAACUGUAUUUCCAGCUGUAUCUGGAAUGGAAAAGACGGCCAGGACUAAAGAGAAAUGAUGCGGGACUGAAGACUCCUCAGUGUUUCAGUCCCUGAUUCGUUUUUGUUCUUUUUUUUUUUUUUUUUUUGCUGGUCGUGUUUUCAUAAAUCACCAUUUGAAGCAUUUUUACACACAUUAGUUUCCAAAGAUUGCCACAUGUAAAUAGCUUUGUCCCAUCACAAGAUGCCGUCACGCAUUUUCUUCCAUUAAACUGCAAACAAAUGGAACAUAAUUCACAAAGCAGCUGAAACUGUCCUUGGAAACAGGAAGUAGACCAAUACAGCUGCAUCUCCUGUUAACGUUUUUAUUUAUUUCACCUGUACUUAUUUAAUUCUUGUCAAUUGCAAAGCAAUUGAACACAAAAUUAAGUUUAUUGGAAAACUAGAGUAUACAACAAAUCAAAUAUCCAAAACAUUGCGACAACAUCAGCAACAGACAUGGAAAAAAAAAAAAAACUACACAAUCAUGAGGACGACUGAUAAAUAUCCUGCAGACAUUCUCCAAAAAGUCACAUAAGAAUCACUACCAGGUGAGCUUUAUCCUAUUCAGUACAUGGAAAGUUGAGUGGAAGGAAAAAGGCCGAUAGAAAAGAGGAUUCAUACGAUACAGGAGUUUCACUUUUCUUUCUGAAUGAAUUACUGAAAUAAAAUCAAUUCUUGAUGAUG